AUUGUUAUUGUAAUAUAGUACAAGGCCACUGCGUCCUGUAGGUUAUUCUUUAAAACUUUAAAGUGACACGGUUCUAACUGAAACCAGCGUGACGUUCCGUGUACAUUAACUUUACGAUCUGAUUUUGUUUUACGAGAGUGUCUUGAGACGAACUUUGGCUUCUUCCUUAUUAAUUUGUGUAAUACUACCAAGUUGUCUCAUGUUAAUUUGUUAUCUUAAUGUAUUAAUUGGCCACGGAAGUGAUUUCGCUGUUAAGAACUGCAGUAUACAGAGUAUAAAUGAUGAGAAGCAUUUACAAUACGAUCAAACCCAAACUAACAACAAAAAAAAAUUGCUGGAGUUGCAGGCGUACAUAAGCUACGGAGACUGCUUAACAUCAGGCGGGCCGUAUGCUUGUUUGCCACCGACGUAAUAUUUAAAAAAAAUUUUUUGCAUAUUCAUGCAUAUUUCUCUCACAAAGUAUAGGAGUAAACAUGUCUUCCAAAGGUCAAACAACAAGCAAAGACCCAAAACUACCCAAUAAAGAGGUCAUGGUGACACGCCGCAAGUCAGCUCAGAUGAAGCGCCAACUACGAACCAAAGAUCGGAGCAUGAAACACAUAACUGACCUUCUCAAAAGCCCAACGAAGGAAACCCCAACCAAAACUGUACCGGUAAAGAAGAAGCCGUCACCCAAAGCCAAACAAUCAUUGCUACAAAGCGUACAAAAGAUACAGAAUCUACCGCAGAAGACUUUUAAACUGUCAAAAGUUCUGCGUAAAGAGAUUUUACUUGUUCAAGAUGAGGAGUACCACCCGAAUAAGAGGAAGCGGAAGCUGACGGUUAAUAAAGUGGUUUUGAAGCCGAAGCCUAAUAUGACGGUAGUUGGGGAAAUAGCUGGGUCUGCUAAGAGGAAAUAUGCAGUUCCACAUAAGGCCUCUGACAAAACUCUUCAACCACAGCCUGCCCACACAGACUCCGCUAAGCUGUCAGCAGACUGUGUAAAGCUGAGCAUGGCAGAAGCCAUCCAGAUAAUGGACGAGCAGCUGACAGACGAGGACCUGAUGGAGAUCCUGACCUGCCCCAGCCCGGUGUGGUGGGAGGAUCCACCCAAUGAAGACUACAUUGAAGAUGCACUCUUCACAAGGUCUCCACCUGCCACUGAAACGAAAGAAGAUCUUCCAGAAAUACCAGCACCAAUGGAUGUUGACACAGAGGAAGCUGAAACUGAAACAGGCAAAACUAUCCCAAUACCAAAUCUGGGUGCUAAAAGCGACAAGUUUCUGAAGAAAAGAUCCAAACUUGAAGAUUUACUUGGCAAUAUUAAAGAUAAAAACAAUAAGCAAAAGGCAAAAGCAAGCAAUGAUGACGAUUUGGUUAUCUGCUCAAAUUAUCGUGCUAAUAAUGAAGCUAAAAAAGACGUGGAUAGUAAUGAAAUUAAAGAUGUGGCUAAUAAUGAAAUUGAAGAUGUGGCUAAUAAUGAAAUUAAAGAUGUGGCUAAUAAUGACAUUGAAAAUGUGGAUAAUAAUGUAAUUGAAGAUGUGGCUAGUAAUGAAAUUGAAGAUGUGGCUAAUAAUGAAAUUGAAGAUGUGGCUCAUAAUGAAAUUGAAGAAGAUGUGGCUAAUAAUGAAAUUGAAGAUGUGGCUAAUAAUGACAUUGAAGAAGAUGGGGCUAAUAAUGAAAUUGAAGAAGAUGUGGCUAAUAAUGAAAUUGAAGAUGUGGCUAAUAAUGAAACUGACGAUGUGGCUAAUAAUGAAAUUAAAAAAGACGUGGCUAAAAACAGAGAAAAAACAGAAACGAAAUUGUCUGAAUCUGAUGAUGAUAUCAUAUUGCAUAAUAGCAGUAUGAAUGAAGAUGAAUUGCUAAAGGAUCUGGAAAAUAUGGAUAUUCCUAUAGCUGAUGAUGUGAUCGUUAUAGAUGAUGAUGAUGAUGAUUUUUUAGAGAAGCCAAGUACAACAGUACAGGAAAGUAAAAAGGAAGAUAAUGAAAUAACAAUUAAUAGUGUUACUAAUAAAGAAUCAAGUAAAGAUACAGAAGAAGUGCCAAAAAACUUACCAGCGCUACAAAAGUGUAGCUUAAGUGAAGACAUGGCGUCGCCAAAGUCUUUAGAUAGCUUAAGUUCAAGAACAAGUGGUGUUUCAUCUAGUAAAGACAUUGAUAGUAUAUCCGAUACUAACGUAAGAUUUCUUAUAGAAGAUGAAGAAGAUAGAAAUAAAAUGGUUACCCAAGACAAUGAGUCAAAUAAAUACAAUAACAAUGAAUCAACUGCAUCAGAUAAAGAAGCGACGCAUGAUAGUGUGACGGUUUAUAAAAUAAUUGAAGAAGUUAGUGAUACAACUUAUAACACUAAUAACGGUAAUGAAAUAGCCAUCCCAAAUGAAAAUAUACUCAACAUAGUUGACGCAAAACUUAAUGAUUAUUUUAAGAAGUGCAAAAAAGUUAAUCAAAAAAAGAUAAAAAAGGAAACGGAUAUAAAUAAAAACGAAAUGGCACAGAAUGGAGAUACUGAUUAUUCGACAGUUUCUUGUGAUAAAUGCAAACCUACAUUUAAAAAGGUAUCUGAGAACGAAAAUGUCAAGUAUUGCUUGAAAUGUUCAUCGAUUUUUGACUCAAAAGACUGCACGUAUUGUAUAAAAAAAUUAAAUGGAACAUGUGAACCUUGUAAAAUUAAGUUUUGUUGUGCAAGUUAUUAUAAAAGUCAUACAGAAAGUUGCUCUAAACUAAGGAGUAUUUGUAAAGAUGAUCGUCUUGACGAGGGCACUACCGUGCCCCCAGAUGUGUCUGAUGUUUGUGAAAAUCUAGAUAAUGUAGGUAUGUACAUUACACAUUAUUUAACAUAACAUUUCUAAUUGUUUAUCGUCACCACAGGAUACGCCACUAUGAAGGUUCAUCAUAGUAAAAAUGUGAGUCAAACCAAGCUAGCUUUGCACAGAAUUCGCAGUGGCAGAGUGUGUAAGUGCUGCCAUAAACGUGUAACUAUGAAAAUAAGCCGUUUGUAGUAUUUUCACACUUUGUCACUGUCGGUGAAGAGCAUAGAGAAAUAAGUAAGGGAUUGCUAACUCCAUACAUCUGUUUUCUUACAAAAACUCGGGUUAUUUCGUAGUCGACAUCUACUAUCAAGUAUUGGAUUUAUCAAUACCACAACUUGACACCAGAUAUCACGUGUCGCGACUGAUGAAAAAUGUAUUGCUAAAACAAUACAUCGGUCUACGCAUGCUUUCUUAAUCUUAGCCGUGCUUUUGACCUCGUGAAUUAUGAAAUUCUGUGGGGUAAAAUGCGCGGCUCGGGAGUACCUGAGGACUUGGUACGCGUUUUCGAGUACUGGUACGGAAACCAAUCCAACUGUGUAAAAUGGGGCGACACGACAUCUAAUAGCUAUAGAUUAGAAUGCGGGGUACGCCAGGGUAGACUUACUUCUCCGGACCUCUUUAAUCUUUACUUUACUUAUGUUUACUGCCCUUAUUUAUUAUAUAAUGCACUCAAAACUCUCUGCAAUAAGCUUGUGGCGUUUACCUUAGAGAAUUUUCAUUAUUAUUAUUAAAUAAAGCGCCUAUAAGUUCGCCAGUUCAUUCGUGUAAUGUAAUCAAAUCAAUACCUCUUCUCUUGCUCAAUAUACCUAUAAUGUAAUUUAUUUAUUUUUAGUUUACUUUAUGGCGGUUUUUUUUUCAAGCCAUAUUUUAAUUGAUGAUUUUGUUUUUUUAAAUGAAAUGUUCUAGACUAGUAUAAUAGACUAGAGGGAUUCUUUUUU